CUUUACAAAUAAUUAUAAUGGAUAACUAAUUGUUGAUCAAGAAGUAAUGGCUUAUUAAGUCGAGACCAGAGAGGAUCGAAGAUAUUUAUGAUUCUGAUAAGAAAGUAUGGCUAACAUAUAAAAGCGUAGGAAUUAGGUUCUGGAGCAUAUGGCCGAGUCUUCAAGGCUAUACACAAGGAAUUGGGAUUGGAAAGAGCAAUAAAGAUGAUUCCCAAAAAAUUAAUUGCAAGUCCAGAUAGAUUCAAAAGAGAAAUCGAAAUUAUGCAAAAUUUAGUAUUGACAUUUAGAAUCAAUAUAGGAUCAUCCAAACAUCAUAAAGCUUUUUGAAAGUUUCGAAGAUUAGAGGAAUAUCUAUUUAGUCAUGGAGUAUGAAUAUAUAACAUUAAAGAAUUUGUACUGGCGGAGAAUUAUUCGAUACAAUCAUCGAGAAAGGCCAUUUCACUGAAAAGGAAGCUCAACAAACAUUUCUGUAAAUCAUGUAAGCAAUUCACUAUUGCCACACUCAUGGAAUAUGUCAUAGAGAUCUUAAACCCGAAAACUUUUUACUUCUUAACAAAUAACCAGAUGCUCCAAUUAAAGUCAUUGAUUUCGGACUCAGUGUGUUGUUCCAUGAUAGCCAUUACAAAAGUGUAGAUGGAAAGACAUAGAUGAAAUCAAAAGCAGGAACUGUAUGACUAUCAAACCUAAAAUAGCCUUAUUAUAUAUCACCAGAAGUUCUAGAUGGAAAAUAUGAUGAACUCUGCGAUGUUUGGUCAGCUGGUGUUAUUUUAUACAUUCUGCUUACAGGAUUACCUCCCUUCAAUGGUAGAAAUGAUGCAGAAAUAUUGAAGGCUGUUAAGUCUGGCGUUUAUAAAUUGGAUAUUCCUCAAUUAGAGGGAGUUUCAAAUGACGUUAAAGAUUUGAUUUAAAAGUUGUUAACCAAACCUGAUAACAGAUUAACAGCUGGACAAGUAUUAUAACAUCCUUGGCUUACCUCAGUAGAAAUCCCUCAUUCCAUAUUAACUUUAGAUUUCAAAUCAUUCAAAGGAUUCAGUGCCAGCAACAAAUUAAAAAAAGUACAUUACAUCUCCUAAUUAGGUAACACUAACCUAUAUUGCAUCCUAAUUAUCAGAGGUAGAAAUCCAAGAAUUGGGAAAAUUGUUUAAGGAAUUAGAUCAAAAUGGAGACGGCAUUCUUACCUUGGAAGAAGUUAAAAAAGGGUUACAUAAUUUCCAAUAAGAGAGUUGGGGUGAAGUCAUUUAAAUUUUGAAAGCUAUUGACACUGAUUGCAAUGGAGUUAUUAAUUAUACUGGUAAGAUCUAUAUUAUUAAUAAGAUUAGAGUUUGUCGCUGCAACAAUGGAGAGAAAUAUGUAUAUGAAAAAGGAGAAACUAUUGUAAGCUUUCAAGAUGUUCGAUAUUGAUCGAAGUGGUAAAAUUAGCAGUGAAGAAUUAAAGAAAUGCUUGGGAAGUAUUAUUUACUAUAUUUUAUAAGAUAAUGAAAUAUAUAGUUAGUCUGAUCCAUAAUUAUGGUAAAAUUUGAUCAGUGAAGCAGACUAGAAUAAGGAUGGAGAAAUAGAUUAUCUUGAGUUUGUAGAGAUGAUGGACAGAAUUGAUGCUAAAUGAUUUAUUAUUGGUUCAAAAC